AUGGAUCGCGCCAAUGCCUGGCUGCUCGUGGGCAUUAGCUCCCUGGCUGUCGGGCUGCUCUUAUGGCGACGUGGGAGUUUUCGGAGCGGUACUACGCGCGAGGUGCCCGUACGUCCUUCAGCCAACGGUGCUGACAAGAAGUUGGCAGCACAUACUGAGGUUCGAAAGCCAACUUUGCAGAGUCCUGCGGGCCUGACGGCCGAAACAUUGAUAGCCUGGAUCGAUACUCUGACCAAAACUGACACCUUCGCCAUCCCAACAUUGCUGGAUUGGGUGGAGCAGUUGGCAACGGAGGAAAAGCAUGUGGAGCAUCUGGCACGCUGCCUGACGGCUCUGCAGCAGCUUAUCGCACCAGGCCAUGAACUGGCUGCAAGAGCUGUAGAAGCUGGAGUGAAGGCGAGCCACCUCGAACUUGAUAGGUCUCUUGAGCUCUUGAUCGUGAUUCUUAAGGGCAGCAGACGGCACAGUGGACCGCCGGCAACAGUUGGAGUGGUGGAUUUGGCGAUGCGCACAUCGCAAGGAGCUCUGGAUGGUGUUGUGUCCCGCACAGCUUACCAGCGCUGCUGCCGACUGCUGCAUUUCAUAGCACGAGGGACACUCAGCAAAGACCUGCUCAUCGCUGCGGGUGGUCACGACAUGAUACUGGAACUCAUGCGAGUUUUCGAAGAUGAUCCUGGAGUCAUGCUGGAGGGGUGCAGUUGUGUCCUUUGCCUGGUACCCAACUCCAGCUUGGAUGCAGAAAAGGCCGCCGAGUUGAUGAUUCGUUGUUUGCAGAAGUUUCCCGCGAACGGAGAAGUCCAGUGGCGUGCGCUGGCCACGCUCCAUGGGUUGAGAGACUGGGAGGCUUUCCAUUCAGGAGAGGUUGCACGACUGGCAAUGGCCGCUUUCGAGCAACAUCCCCGCUUUGAUGUGGUCGUGGAGUGGGUUGCCAAGGUCCUUUGCCGUUUGGCACCUCGUGCUCUCAAGACUGCAGAAUCCAACUGGUUAAAGCGCUUCAAAGAUGCACCUCACCAUUUGCGCAAGAGCAACAAGCAGGCCGAGCUUUCAGUGACGGAGCUGUUUCGCAAGAUCGGGAGCUAA